GAAGAAAGUGGGAGAAGAAACGCAGAGAAAAAAAAUUGAAUUGAAGAUAAGAGGAAGAAGGAGACGGUGAUGGUUCGAGAGAGAGAGGUGAUAACGCACAAGGCUUAUGCCAGGGUGGGGUUACUCGGAAACCCAAGCGACGUCUAUUACGGCAAAACGAUAUCGUUUAGCCUCGCCAACUUCAGCGCCACCGUCACCCUCCGCCCCUCGCCGGAGCUCGUCAUCCAACCCCACCCCGUGCACGAUCUCGUCCAUUUCUCGUCGCUCCCGCAAUUGGUUACCAGGUUGAACUCCGAGGGCUACUAUGGAGGCGUGCGGUUGCUUAUGGCUGUUUGCAAAGUGUUCUAUGCUUACUGCAGAGACAACGCUAUCGAACUCAGCGACGAGAAUUUCACGCUCUCUUAUGAUACCGAUAUCCCUCGCCAGGCUGGUCUCUCGGGAUCCAGCGGGAUUGUGUGUGCGGCGUUGAACUGUUUGCUGGAUUUCUUCAAUGUCAGGGAGCUUGUGAAGGUGGAGAUCAGGCCCAACCUCGUACUCGCCGCCGAGAAAGAACUCGGGAUUGUCGCUGGUCUUCAGGAUCGGGUUGCGCAGGUUUACGGUGGACUCGUUUACAUGGACUUCAGCAAAGAAAACAUGGAAGAGCUGGGCCAUGGAAUUUAUAUACCCAUGGAUUUGUGUCUCCUUCCUCCUCUCUAUCUCAUCUAUGCGGAAAAUCCUAGUGAUUCUGGAAAGGUUCAUAGUAAAGUACGGCAGAGAUGGCUUGAUGGUGAUGAGUUCAUUGUAUCUUCUAUGGAAGAAGUGGCUAAUAUUGCGAAAGAAGGAAAAACUGCAUUAGAAGAAAAGGACUACUCUAAAUUUGCAACUCUCAUGAAUCGAAAUUUUGACCUGCGAAGGUCAAUGUUUGGAGAUGAAGCCCUGGGUGGUUUGAACAUUAGAAUGGUAGAGGUUGCUAGAAAGGUUGGAGCUGCAUCAAAAUUUACAGGGAGUGGAGGAGCUGUUGUUGCAUUUUGUCCUGAGGGGACUUCUCAAGUCAAGCUUCUCGAGGAUGAAUGUAAAAAAGAAGGAUUUGUGAUACAGCCUAUUGAACCAUUUCCUUCUCGUCUAAGUGAAAUCGAGUUGAAAACCUUACAAACAAAAUAAUGUAACUUCUAGAGUUGGAUUUAUCAAUGUCACUGACUUUUUUUUUUUUUUUUGCAA